AUGGCAGGAGCCACACGUGGUCGCUGCGGUGCCUCAUGGGCAGCAGCAGCAGGAGCACGAACGCCCUCUCUGCUCCUCCUGUUUUUUACAGUGCCCGCUGCCUUUCUGGUGGCCUUUGCAGCAUCAGCAGACACCCCAGACGGGUCAUCUUUCGGCUCCUCGGGGACCCCCUUUGGGGCCCCUCAGGCCUCUCCUUUGGGCCCCUCCACGGAGUACCCGCAGGAUGUCUCUGGGGCCUCUUCCUCGGGCCCUGGGGGCUUUUCUGAGCAGUUUGCGUCCGCGCUAUCCUCGCUGGGGCCUCUGUUUGGCCAGUUCUUGUCGUCGGGCGAGUCUGGGGGCGCGUCGAGCGGCGCAGGGGCCCUCGGGGCCUUGUACGACAUGGGCCGGCGGGCCGCGGGGGCCCUCUCGGCCUCCAUUGCAUCCGACGAAGCGCGAGAAGGCAUGUGGGUGCCUCUACACGAACAGCUCGGGCUGGCUCGGGAUAUGCUGGGGCUGCCUGGGGACGACGCGCAGGGGGUCCGCAGCGCCGCGCGGCUGCUGCUGGCUGCCCAGCUGCCCAUAGUGCGUUUUGCUGCGGAGCGCGAGGCUUCAGAUGACGAAGAGGCAGACAGGAGGGCACUUCGGAUCGUCACAGAAUAUCCAACAACUAAAAAGAUGCUUGCGGACUACAUGGAGCAGAAGCCCGACAGGAACAUCCGGGCGGCGCCGGCGGAGCUGAUUCGCCUGCACGAGGAGAUGAAAGAGCACUUGAAGGCCUUCAGAGCCGCUGCUGCGAGCAACAUUCUCCCGGUGUCUAUUCUGGGCGCUUUGGAUUCUCUGAGCAACGAGGCGGCGCUGAAGGUCAACGGCUACUUAGCCACUGUCGCUCGCUAUCUCACGUACACCGACCGAUUCAGCAAGAACAAGCGGGGCCUGGUUUUCUUUGCCAGGCACAUGCUGCCGCGGCUGCUGCAGCUCUUCGCGCUGCAGCUCGACGCAUGCAGACACUUGUGGCGCUUUCUUUCUUUUGCUUCUCCGCGGGAGACGCUGACGGGGCCCCUGACCUUCAAGCCUUCCGUGUCGCCGUCUGGUGCCGCAGCUGCUGCCGCCGCAGCAGCAGCAGCAGCGGGGGCAGCAGAGGGCGCAGACGAAGACAGCAGCUUUGGCUCGGAGGCGGAUCCCUCCGCCGCCGCCGCAGCAGCAGCAGCAGCGCAUGCGCCCAGCCUGCCCGUGGCACUCACUGUCCACGACAGCGAGGCCGGGGGGCCCCUGCGGACGCUUGCCCAGAAUUUGGGGGUGAAUUUGCCCACAGUGCCCCACGCAGACGCGCGGGCCUUCGGGCGGCGGCUGCUGGCGCGCGUGCAGGUCCACAUAGGGGCCCUUUACGCGCUGGCUCAGGGCUGUCUUGCUGCCACUGCGCUGUCGUUCCAAAGGGAGUACGCAGAGGCGGAAGACAGGGUGGAGUUGGGGGAGGCGCCUGCUGCUGCCUUCCUCAGCUUGCGGGGCCAGAGCGAAUGCGUCGAGAAAAACAGCAGCAAGAAAAGCAAGGGCAAAGAAACUGCGAGAGAAAACGCUGCAGAGGAAAGUGGACGAGAGGGACAGCCGACGGAACCGCAGAAAAAACAGAGCCACAGGCUGAGGGCGCUAACCAGGGGCCGCCCAGCGGGAUCGGCAGCAACAGCAGCUGCAGCAGCAGGAAACCCGAAUGAUGCUGAACGCACCUCUUGA